GCGCAAUAUCAUUCGAAAACUUGCACGGUGAGCGACGCCGUGGAGGAGAAAGACAACGCAGCGAACAAAACACACAAUGGCGACGGCGGCGACAACGGCAGGCGGAACGGGCUCAGGCGGAGCGGCCACCGGCCAGGUUGGCGGCGGAACCGCAGUGGGACGAAAGAAGGACGGUGGUCCUUCCACGAAAUUCUGGGAAAGUUCAGAGACGAUUUCCCAGUUCGAGACGGUGCGGCAGUGGAUCGGAAAGCACUACAAGAAGUAUGUCCAGAAUGACUCCCCCUCCAGUAAAUCCUUGGCGGGCCUGGUGGUCCAGCUGCUGCAGUUCCAGGAGGACGCAUUUGGACGCAGGGUCAACAAUCCUGCCCUUACCAAGCUACCUGCCAAGUGUUUCCUGGAUUUCAAGGCAGGAGGUGCUCUCUGUCACAUCUUGGGUUCGGUCUACAAGUUUAAGAGCGAGCAGGGGUGGCGUAGAUUUGACCUGCAGAAUCCUUCCCGGAUGGACAGGAACGUGGAAAUGUUCUUAAAUGUAGAGAAGAACUUGGUCCAGAACAACUGCUUGACUCGACCCACUGUCUUCCUGUCGCCGGACAUUGAGCAGAAACAAGCCAGUAAGCUCAAAGACAUCAUAAAAAGGCACCAGGGCUCCAUUACUGAUGACAAGUCAAAGGCCACCCACCACAUCUACCCCUCUCCAUCCCAACAUGAAGAAGAGGAAUGGCUUCGCCCUGUCAUGAAGAAAGACAAGCAGGUGCUGGUUCACUGGGGUGUGUCCCCAGACAGCUAUGACACCUGGGUGUCGGCCAGCGAGGUGGAUGGGGACGUGGAGGACCCCCCCAACACUGACAGACCAUGGAAGGUCCAUGCCAAGUGGGUUUUAGACACCGAUGCCUUCAAUGAGUGGAUGAAUGAAGAAGACUAUGAGGUAGACGAGAACAAGAAGCCAGUCAGCUUCCGCCAGAGGAUCUUCCCCAAGGAGGAGGAGUCUUCCCGUACACCCGAUCGCAAGGAGCGCAAGGCCAACUCUGCCGGCAAGAAGAGGAGGCGCUCGCCCUCGCCGCCCAGCACUCCUGCCGAGUCCCGCAAGAAGGGAGGAAAAAAGGGGAACCCGGGGCCUCACUGGAAGCAGCGGCGGGGCCACAGGGGUGAAGAGGAGGACACGGAGGAGGACGUAACCAAGGACAUGGACGACUCCUCAGCUGGUGCCAGCAUGGAGGAGGGCAGCAUCUCCAAGAAUGCGAAUUCAAAGAAAGACAGUGAGAAUACUCCAGUGAAAGGAGGGAAUGGGGCCGACUUGGAUGACAUGGAGGACGACUCUGUGCUGUCUGGUGGAAAGGAUGAUGAGGAACAGAGCAAAGCUGAAAUCAACCGACUGAUGGACGCUAGCGAGGACAAUGUGACUGAACAGACUCACCACAUCAUCAUACCCAGCUACGGAGCUUGGUUUGACUACAACUGCAUCCAUGAGAUUGAGAGAAGAGCCCUGCCUGAGUUCUUCAAUGGAAAGAACAAGUCCAAAACUCCAGAGAUAUACCUGGCCUAUCGCAACUUCAUGAUCGACACAUAUCGGCUAAACCCUCAGGAGUACCUCACCUCCACCUCCUGUCGCAGGAACUUGACCGGGGAUGUCUGUGCCAUCAUGAGGGUUCAUGCAUUUUUGGAGCAGUGGGGUUUGGUAAACUACCAGGUCGACUCUGAGAGUCGCCCUUUGCCCAUGGGCCCCCCACCCACACCCCACUUCACCGUGCUGGCUGACACACCCUCUGGCCUCAUGCCCCUGAACCACAGACCCCCACCGAUUCCCCCUCAACAGCCAAUGCCCAACUUCGCCGACAAAGGCAAAGACAAGGCCAUCGACCUGCAGAACUUCGGCCUUCGCAGCGACCUCUACAACAAGAAAAAUCUCAAGGGUAAAGCUGCCAACUCUACCAGGGAUUGGACCGAGCAGGAGACUCUACUGCUGCUGGAGGCCCUGGAGAUGUUCAAAGACGACUGGAACAAAGUGUCUGAGCACAUCGGUUCACGCACCCAGGACGAGUGUAUCCUGCAUUUCUUGCGGCUGCCCAUUGAGGAUCCAUACAUGGAGAGCACUGAGGCCUCCCUGGGCCCUCUGGCCUACCAGCCCAUACCCUUCAGCCAGUCUGGAAACCCCGUCAUGAGCACAGUAGCCUUCCUGGCCUCUGUGGUUGAUCCCAGAGUGGCGUCUGCUGCUGCCAGGGCAGCCCUAGAGGAGUUCUCCCGUGUCCGUGAGGAGGUGCCGGCUGAGUUGGUGGAGGCUCACGUGAAGAAGGUGCAGGAGGCAGCCAGGAGCACAGGAAAGGUGGACCCCGCCUUCGGCCUGGAGAGCAGUGGCAUCGCUGGCACCGCCCCUGAGGAACCAGAAAAGACCGAAACCCCAGAGGCAGAGAAGAUAGACACGGACACAGACUCCCAGCAGGCUGAUAAGGCAGAGUUAAAGGAUGAGGCAGAGAAGCCCAGCGAGUCUGCGGAGAAGAGCGACAAGACAGAGGCCACAGAAAAGGUGAAGGAGGGAUCCGAGGCGUCGGAGCGCGAUGAGGAGAGUGAAGAGGGAGGGGAGGCCAAGACGGCUUCAGCAGACAAAGACAAAGAGGAGGCUAUGGAGACGUCGUCCUCAGAACAGGAGAAGGAUAAGGAGGAGAAGGCAGCUACAGAGGAGGGAGAUGACAAGAGGAAGAAACUGGAGCAUGACAUUGGAGAGGGGAACAUUGCCACCGCAGCUGCUGCUGCCCUGGCAUCUGCUGCCACCAAGGCCAAGCACUUGGCGGCGGUGGAGGAGAGGAAGAUCAAGUCCCUGGUGGCUCUGCUGGUGGAGACCCAGAUGAAGAAGUUGGAGAUCAAGCUGAGGCACUUUGAGGAGCUCGAGACCAUCAUGGACCGAGAGAAAGAGGCUUUGGAGCUUCAGCGACAGCAGCUGCUCACUGAGCGACAGGCGUUCCACAUGGAGCAGCUCAAGUAUGCCGAGAUGAAGGCGAGGCAGCAGAUGGAGCAGCAAGCCGCCGCCGCGGCUGCCGCUGCUGCCCAGGCUCAAGGACAGGGGCAGGCUCCUGGAUCUGGACCCCACUCUGGGCCCCCUCCAUCAGGCAUGCACCCUGGAGGGCCCCCGCCACACCACGGUGCACCAGUGCCCUACCAUGGAGGGCCUCCACCCGGUGCUGCCAUGCACCCAGGCUACCCUCCGAUGGGUCACCACCCCAUGGCCCCUCACCACCCAGGACAGACAGGACCAAUGGGACCAGGCCAGCCCAUACCGGGACGUAUGAUGCCUGGCCCACCCUCUGCCGCCCCCCCUCCUGGCGGCAUGCCUCCUAUGAUGCCCCCACGUCACCCUGGAGCACCCAACGGCAUGUACCCUGGCCCACAACCUGCACAGCCUGAAGCGGUACCUCAAGUUCCUGUGGGUCCUCCAGCGCCCGCGAGUGGCCGAGUGGCUGAAAACUAAGACCCACAUUGACACAAACACACACACACACACAUACACACACACAAAACUAACUAUCUCUGAACCCCUUUUUGAUGGCCUUUGCUACUGGCUCGGUGUAUUUCCCCUCAACACUCAAAACUACUAUCAACUUUAUUACAGGUCACACACACCCACAUACACACUCAGGGUCUCUAAGUGGCAAGGGUAACCCAAUUAUCCAAACACACAUCCAGACUUCCUCUCAGGGCACAGCGCAAGGGUCGUCGUAGUAAUAAACACUGUUUUCUGCUCUGUUGGGCCAGAUGGAGGUUGGAGAGAAUGGACUGUGUAUGGAAAACAAAACCAGGAGAGAGAACGAUAAAAAAAAAAAACCUGUCUUUCUUACCUUUUUUCUCUGUUCAAUGCUGUUUCAAUGACACUCUAAUCCCCCUUCCCUUCUCUCUUUAAAUCACACACCUCCUUAUGUCUGGUGCCUCUUUUUGCAAGCCAAACACUAGAGGGAGCUAGUGAGAGCAGAAGGCUGGUCAGACAUGCAGGGGUGUGAGUGUGUGCUGAGUAACCUCCGCUGUAACACACACACGCACGUUAUUCAGAUUAUGAUAUGACUAAAUCGCACACACACACAGAGGGGACCCAGCCUGCCCUCGUCUUGUUGAGUAUCUACCUCUCGCCCCUCUUUAAAUGAUACACUGUAGUUCUGUGUGUGGGUGUGUGUGUCUGUGAAAGUGUUUCAUGGCCCUUCACGCGUCUGCCACCUCUGACCAAAGUUUGUGCCACUUGUGUAAUCUUUGCUUUUCCAUUUGAGACUUUUGCAAUAAUGAGUUGAGAUACAGACAGAAGAUACUCUUUGGUCAAAAAGUUGGACAAAUGAGGAAGGUUUAGGGAUAAAAAAAAAAAAAAAAACUAAACUUGACAUGUUUUUUUAAGACUUGUUAAUAGUUAUUGAAGGUUCUUCUGUCUUGCCGAUGUGUUUAAAUUUUUGGACAACAAUGGAGUUCUAUGGCACAGAGGAACCAAUUCAUGGUUGGUUUUGGUUCUGAUAAAAAUCAGUUUUCCUCGAUACGUCACCACCUAGGUGCAGUUAAUAAAUGGAUCAUUGGAGCAGUGUGCGAGCGAUUUAUUUCUGUUACUUCAUAAAUUUGCUCACUUUUGGCUCAGCAUGUCGUCCUUGGUUUGGAUGUGCGUGCAUACUCCUAUUGGUUUUGGUUCCUUGACUAGAUUUGUUGACCAUAAGGAAAAUGUACUAUAUCACCAGACGUAUCUUUUAAACAUUAAAGCAAAAGUCUCAAAUCUGAUUACUUGUGAGACACAAGCCGAGGCUCAGUCAGACCAUUACAGGACAGAUGGCUAAACACACAAUCGUUCCCUCUGCCCCACUCUAACCACAGUACUGUAACACACACACACACACACACACACACAGAUAGAAAUGUAAGCUAAGCUGAGGCUCACACUGGAGGCUGCAUGCACACACUGACUUGACCAGACCCUGUCCCCAACGCACUGGACAACCACACACACCGAUACAUGAACACACACAUACAUAUAAUCUCCUGCUGACCUUCCCACAGCCUUUACAGAGAGGGAGACGCUGUGAUGCGGCUCGACUGAGACAUCAGAACAUGGAUGAUGCUCUUCCUCAGCGCGGUGGGCUUCUAGAUGUUUUUAGGUGCUGAUACUGUAGCGAAUAAACCCCGCCACCCUCCUCCUCUGCUCACGCCUAGUGCUGCCUACCUCGCUAGCCCCGCCUCACACACAAAAACAUUUUUGCUUUUAUGGCCACCAGCCACGGGAAAACUAAAGCAAUAUUCUCAUUCCUGUGUAUCAACCUAUUUGUGGUCGGCACACUGAGAAAUGCGGCUCUACCAACGAGAAGCAAUCAUGAUUUCACAGUUUGGUCCUCAAAUUCUGUGUCCUGUGGUGUUGUAGUACAUAAAAAGCUGCGUAAACAAGGGGAACAACCACCGAACAUUUAUUUAUAGAGCUGAAAUUAUAGGCAAUUGAUUUAGUCAAUCCACAGGAAAUUAAUUGAGAACUAUUUUGUGAUUUGUCAUUUUUCAUGCAAAAAUAACUAAACAUUCUCUGGUUCCAGCUUUUCAGAUUUUGGUGAUUUUCUUUGUCUUAUAUGAUGAUUAAUUGAAUAUCUAUAGACAUAUAAUAGACAUCACCUUGAGCUUCAGGAGUUUGUAAGAUGUGCAUUUUUACUAUCUCCUGACAUGUUAUUGACUGAAAUAAUCUGCCCUGUUCUUUUCAUUAUCAAUUAAUUGUUUAAUCCUGCAAUUUAAAGCUGUACUCAGCAGAUAUUUGGUAAUUUUGCUUGGUAAUCAAUUACCUAGAUUACCUGUUCCUGAACCUGUUCGGUUCAUUCUUGACCCUUGCCAAGAAGCAGUCUCAUUCGUACUAUUGUAUCACACAAUAUUCCUCAGCAGUUGUUGUUGUAGAUGUUCAAAUUUCCAUUGUUUUCUGCGCAUUUUAACGACUUUGUGCAUUUUGGCUUAAAAGUUUAGACUGAAAGUUCAUUCUCAACCUCGGAAUCCGCAGUUGGCUCAACAAUCUCACCAGAAGAUCCGUUUGUAGCUGUUGAGCAGCUUUUGGUUGUAUUACAAUCUUCCUCGGCAGAUGAGGUUGCCCAGUUGUCGUGGAAAUCCCUAAAAUGCUCAAAAUAGAUUUGGACAGCUACAAUUCCAUGACAAGUGCUUGAGGAAUACCAUGUAUUUCAAUCAAAAGCUCUAGAACAGCUAAUAAAGGACCACGCGACAAGAUUGUUUAGCCAACUAAUCAAUUGUUUUCAGCCCUACACGAAUAUAAAAAACGGUGACAUGAAUUAGCUUUAUACAUUUUCCAUACGUCUUUGAGUUUACCAUGCAUGUUGGCUUGAAAUAAAGCUAAACUCAUUCUGACAAUAGGAAAAUGAGUAAGCUAAACUCGAGUGGCGUUACCCUCCUGCUCACUCUAAUUUCCUCAGAAAUUGAACGGAUAUGACGCGCUGCAUCGCUCUUCAGUCGACACACAGGUUGAUAAUAAGCUCAAAGGUUUUUUUAAUGUGAAGUUUUAACUGAAAUUACUCCUCUCCCCCCUCGCUAGCACUCUCUGCUACCUCUUCCUUGUCCAUUUGCUAGCUACCUCUUCUAGAAAUCUUCCUCUCGCUAUCUGCUACCUCUCUGCGCACCCCUUCGCUACCUCUCGUUCCCAUUUCCUUUCUUUUUAUUUCAUCUUUUUUUUUUUUCCUGCCCACGUGACUGCUUCAUCACUGAUUGUUGCUCUCUUCUACCAGUCUGAUGGAAGAAGAAAACACACGUACAGUCGUUCACUCACGCUCUCAUUCACCGCGCCCUCCUUUCCCAUUCAACAUCUUUACAGGCUUGUUAUGUAAUAUCACUUAAAUAUGACGGGAAUCCCCUUACAUAUAUUAUCUUUAAUCUAUACUUUUUUGUGUUGGUAUGUAUUUUUAAGGAGACGUUUUGUGUAGAUGGAAGUUAUGUUAUUUGAAAGUUUGUAGAAUUUUGUUUUUUCUUUUGUAUGGGGUCUGUUGGUACUUGGACCUAGACACUGUCAAAUAAACUGUUUUGUAUGAG